AGGCACAUUUCAAUUGGUGAGAAAGGAAAGUGUAAUCCAUUCCAAUCAUUAGGUAAAAUACGAAAAUAAUCAUUGAGUCUGUGUACACAUUUUAGAUGAGGUUUUAGAUGUCGAUGAUUGCCCGAUUUGUCGAGUUUACGGUGCUAGCAUGAUAACAUUAGCUUAGCAUGCUAACAGAAUAGCAUGCAUGCUAAACCUUCCCAUCGAGCUGGCCGGAGGAAACGCCAUAAAACUCACCUAUGUCAACACAACGAUGUAUUUAGACUCCAUAAAGAUCUGGAGCGUCUGUCCCAGAGACCGACAGGAUGUCUCCCAUUUUGUCACCUGAUGCAGACCAGAAGGUUCUGUGGGUCUGUGGCGAGCAGCUGCACAGUCUAAAGUAAUAUCGAGGCUGCCGAGAUGCUUCCUGUAACAGGAGAGUCCACAGGGACUCGCUAAUCGAUACUGACGUUUGAAAGAGGAAGUGAUGGUGAUUGGUCUCGAUGAUGAUCUCACAGCUCUUUGUGCUUCCACUGGUGGCAUGACCUCGUAGCUUCAAACAAUCACGCCGAGUUUCUACUUUUGAAGGUCAACCGUUAUGACCACCUCCCUGAGGGUUUUUGACUUCGGACUCCACGCUGGAAAACGUCAAUGUUCUCGUUUCGGUCCAGUGGACAUAACUUGGAAAACCAUUCCGGUAGCAGGAAGUGGCCAGUAGACAGGACGUGAUGGGAGACAGAAUGUAUUUCUGCUUGAGAGCCAACUACCAGCGCCGGAUUUUUUGUCAUUAAGCUGUGUGUGACUGUAGAAGCGGAGUUGGCCAGGCUUCUCUUUAUGAUGGCGAGCUAGGGAAAAAAAGCAUCGAGUCAAAGGAUCGUUCUUGGGAGAUUCCAGCCAGGAACCCCACCACCUGUUCUGUCUGGGCUGCUCUCCACUGAUCGGUCUCCGGCAAUGUUCCGCCUCCUGGUCGUCAUGGCCGCGCUCAGCCAGCUGCCAGGUUCAGCGGCUGAGAUGCACAACAUCAGCAUGUGUCCCCUCCAGUUCUACGGAGAGAGUCAGGACACGCUAUACACGAACAUCAGCAAUGGCGUGAUCGACCUUUGUUUCGACGGCAGCAUUGGAGACAAAUGCAUCAGCGUCGUCAACGACACGACGACAUCGCUGACCGUGGAAGUCAACCAACAAGUGGCCAACGCCGGCUCAGCGUUUCACCAAGCCAAGCCAGAACUCGUGGGAACGUCGUCUUGCCAAAUAGUGAUCUACCUCGUGGAUGUCAAUGGCGAUACAACCAUGAACGUCACCCUCCGCACCUUUGGCGCGCAAGCGGUGGCUCGCUUUAACACCGCCGGACGCAUUUUGUUCGCCACCGCUCACGUUAACGACAAGGUUUUGAAUGACUUGAUGUCCUCCGAUCCUGAAGUCUUUCUCAGUUUGAGCGGCUGUACGCAUGAAGGAACUUCGUAUGCAUCUAACACAACAACCUGUGACGGCGACACCUUGAUCACAUGCAGCAUCGACGCCAGCCUGAUGGUCUCUUAUAACAAUGAAAGCUGCAUAAAAGACGCAAUAUGCACAGUGACAGCCUCCACCAUCAUCGAUCACCAUGGCGGCACCGCCUCGGUGGAGGACCACUGCGCUUACACCUUGUUUUCAGACACAGGCUUCCAGGUGUCGGGCCUUUUUAGGGAACGCCGCCGCAAAGAUGUGAUGUUUUUGGACGGCGUCGUCAUCCACCUGGAUGGUCCGGAUGUUGCCAUCUACCUGGGGCAAAGCAGGAAGGUUAAGGUCAACGGUGUAGAGAUGAAUGUGACGUAUAACGCCACGGUGUACGGUGUGGCGUUGUCCAAGGACGAAGGUGGAGUGUCGGCCUACGUGAACGUGACCAGCAACCACACCCGCGUGUCCUUCGACGGAUACACGGCUCAGAUCUACACGCCUGGGGCCCUGACCACUGCAGGAGCUUACAGGGUGUACAACCUGGAUGGCUUGUGCACCAACGCCACUGUGCCUUUAACUGAGAAGAAGGACAGUUCUCACAGCCCCGUCAGCUGUGAGAUGCAGUACAGCGAGCCAGCCGACGAGUCCAUCAACUGCACCAAAGUGAACGAACAAUGUGAGAUGAUGCGCAUGGGCAGCUUCAGCUCCUGCCACGAGUACCUCGACCCAGAACCGUACAUCGAGGCCUGCAACAACACGCUGUGCCGCUACCCCAACACGGACGGACUCCGGUGCCAGUUCCUGUGGGCCUACGACCAAGCCUGUAGUCUGGUCACGCAUUCAACAACGGAACACACGGAGGGCUGGAGGGAGGAGGCUUACUGCCCUCACAAUCACACCUUCUGCAAUCACACACAUUGUGUGCAUCACGAGUUCUGUGCCAGCGGCAUCAACGGUCAAAUCAACUGCUUUUGCCGGGCCAAGUUUGCCUGCGAGUACAGAGACAACCAAACUUUAGGCGGUCCGACAAUCUGCGAGGACAACACGGCGACUCUGGUUCUGCCCAGUUGUCUCCUGGAGGAGAAGGGCUUUGACUACCGUGACCUGCACCUCAAAGACGACACGUGCCGAGGCCACAGGGACACGCACCACAUGGUGGCCUUCACGUUCAACAGCAGCCGGAACGCCUGCGGGGCCGUGAUCACGGUCAACGACACCACAGUUCUGUACAAGAACGCCAUCAUCGGCGAGAACACCACCAACAUCGUCUCGUUCUUUGACGAGUUCCACAUGAACUUUUCCUGUUACCAGAACCAGCCGGAGCGCCAGAGCAUGACCUUCAGACUUAAAGACAACUCUGUCAUGCAGCGCGUGGUUUCCGACUCUUGGGACUACACGCUGAUCAUGAAGGCCUACUUGGACGCUGACCGCCAGCGCCUGGUGCGGUACAACACUGAAAUCCAGCUGAACCAGACCGUCUAUAUAGAACUGAAGACGGAAGGCCUGGAUGGCGGCGCCGUGGCCUUGGUGACCGACUCCUGCUGGGCCACCAAUGGCUCGUAUAGUGACGGGCCUGUGAGACACGAUCUGAUCACUGACGGAUGUCCCAGCUCUGCCGAUGACACCAUCGAGGUAAACAUCAACGGAGUGGGAGUGUCCAACUUCUUCAACUUCAACAUGUUCCGCUUUGCCGGUGACAACUACGAGCUCUCCCUGCACUGUGACAUUCACCUGUGUGCCAAGCAGAGCCAGAUAUGUGCCCCGAACUGCAGUGGUCCGAGCAAGAGACGAAGACGCAGGUCUGCCAGAUCAAAAUACGCUCAUAGAAGCGCCGCCAUCAUCAGCAUGACUUGGACCAAUUAGGUUGUUUCCAUGGCGACUUGGACCGACUUCCAUGGUGCGGACCUUCCGAACCUUCAUUUUUUAAUGUGAUGAGUUUGUAAUGCAGUCAUGCUGGCAAGUAGACACUAGUCCAGUUUUAACUGGAGCCUUCUGGACCAGCAAAAACUUAGGCUGUUUUUUAAUUUGCACUUUUGUACUCAAUGUAGGCACUUAUGAACUUAUACUUACGGUAUGUCUCAAUUAGCGCACUUAGGUACUUUCAUUUAAACUGUAACUUAAGUUGCGCAUUUCGGUACUUACGAUAACGCUACGUCUCAAUUUACACUUUUGUACUCAAUGUAGGCACUUAUGAACUUAUACUUACGGUAUGUCUCAAUUAACGCACUCAGGUACUUUCAUUUAAACUAACUUAAGUUGCGCAUUUCGGUACUUACGAUAACGCUACGUCUCAAUUUACACUUUUGUACUCAAUGUAGGCACUUAUGAAUUCAUACUUACGGUAUGUCUCAAGUUGCGGACUUUGGUACUUACGAUAACGCUACGUCUCAAUUUACACUUUCGUACUCAAUUCGUACACUUCUGUACUUACUGUAUGCUUAGGCUGUGUUUCAAGUCGCACACUUCUAUGCUCAAUUCACACACUUAGUACUUGAUCUUAGGCCUUGUCUCAAUUUUAAAAUUUCUCCACACAAUUUGCGCACUUCUAUACUUAAGACAAGGCUCCAUCUCAAUUUACACUUUUGUGCUCAAUUUGCACACUUAGGUACUUACACUUUUUGUGACUCAAUUUACACAUUUCUCAAUUGGCAUACGUCGGUACUUACACUUAGACAUUGUCUUAAUUGGCAGUUUAACACUCAAUUCAGGAACUUCAACUCACACGUAGACUUUCUCAAGUCAUACUGUUGUACUCAAUGGAAAGAACUUAUACUUCGGCUAUGUCUCAGUUUACGCACUUCAGUACUUACAGUUAGACUGUGACUCAAGUUGCACACUACGAUACUUACGAUAAGGCUACAUCUCAAUUUACACUUUUGUACUCAAUUAGCACACUUAUGUACUUACAGUCAGGCUGGACUCAAGUCACACACUUCUCUACUCAAUUUGCGCACUUCGGUACUUACAAUUAAAUUGUGACUGAAGUUGCGCACUACGAUACUUAUGAUAAGGCUUCAUCUCAAUUUAUACUUUUGUACUCAAUUUGCAUACUUAUGUACUUACACUUAGGCCAUGUCUUAAUCGGCACUUUAGUACUCAAUCCAGGAACUUCAACUGACACUUAGACUGUUUCUCAAUUCGCUCUUUCGCACUCAUUCAAUAUAGGCACUCCGGAACUUAUAAUUCGGCUAUGUCUCAAUUCGCACAUUUCUCUACUGAAUUUGCGCACUUCGGUACUUACAAUUAGAUUGCGAUGAGGUGGCGACUUGUCCAGGUACCCCGCCUUCCGCCCGAAUGUAGCUGAGAUAGGCUCCAGCGACCCCUAAUGGGACAAGCGGUAGAAAAUGGAUGGAUGGAUGGCUGGAAUUAGACUGUGACUCAAGUUGGGCACGUCGAUACUUAAGAUAAGGCUACAUCACAAUUUACACUUUUGUUCACAAUUCGGUACUUACCUUAAGCCAUGUCUCAAUUUGCAUACUUUGACACAAUUUGCAAAUUUCUCUGCUCAAUUCGCACAUUUUAAUAUUCACACUUAGGCCGUGUCUUAAUCUGCAUUUUAGUACUCAAUUCAGGAACUUCAAUUUACACUGUUUCUCAAUUCGCAUUUUUGUACUAAAUUAAGGCAUUUCCGAACAUAUACUUAGGUUCUAUCUCAAUUCACACAGUUCGCUAUUUACGAUAAGGCUACGUCUCAAUUUACACUUUUGUACUCAAGUCACACUUACACUUAGGCAGUGUCUCAGUUCUCACACUUGGCCACUCAAUUCACAAACUUCCGUACUUACACUUGGAUCGUGUCUCAAUUCGCACACUUUUCUACUCAAUUCAGAAACUUUCGUAUGUACCAAAUCGCACACUUUGGUACAAACAACACAGGCUGUCCCAAUUUGCACACUUCCAUAGGAACACUGAGACUUCCGUACUUAAUGACUUUUCAUAAGUGCGUUUACCCUAAGAAGUGCAGUGUGUUGCACUUGAAACAGUCAACAUGGCGACUUAAUAUUCCAUUCAUGGAGCCCGCUACCUUUUGUGUCCACUUUGUUGGUGAGCUAAUGACAUGUUUUUCUCAGAUCGCAGCACGCCAUUGUGGAUUUUUGUGUUUUUAACAAAAACAACACCAAAAAACACAUUGAAUUGCUUCCUGAAGCCUCUAACUGUCGAAGUGCAAUGUAUCUUUAUAUCAUAUAUAUAUACGUAUAU